GCUCCUUGGAAUUAAGUUCGUCCGUAUAUAGUAAAGCAGAGGCGGAUACGACGUCUUCAUUAAUUUCUUAUAAAUUGAGCCUAUCAGUAUCUUUAGUGCAAUCAUCCACCACAUGGAAGUCAAGUUCAUCUGGAAAUGCUUAUAGUAAAUUAGAACAAAGUUCAUCCGAAAGGAAUUACAAUACAACAGAAAUAAUAUCUUCUAAACUUGAUAAAACGGUAAUUAGCUCUGCGUUAAUAUCUACUGGAAUAUUUUCUAUACAAUCAACAGCAGUUACGUUUCUGUCAUAUUCACUAAGACCAUCACCUACUCAAGAUACUUUACAGUUAUCAUCAUCCGCUUAUUCUACUAUUACACAACCAGACGUGUAUGUUCGUGAUGUAGUAAUGUAUCAGGAUGAAGGUAAUUUGACUCUUGGAUGUAACAUAAGUAAUGUUGAUCAUUUUACACGGAUCAUUUUCAACGUCAAUGGUAUUGAAGCUGGAAAGAUUACUGGUGAUAUAAUCGAAAUUCAGCCUCAGUGGACUUUCAGAAAUGAAAGUAAUUCAGAUAAACAGAUAUAUUUAAUGUCAUUAGAAGAACCAAAUUGUACUCAUUCUGGUAAUUAUACAUGUAGUAUUGGUGGUGAUUGGGGUGUUGUACAACAAACAGCCACAAUAGAAGUAAGAGUGGCAUCAGAAGUACCGGUUGUAACAAUUCCUGAUGAGGUAGUCGAGGACAAAUUAUUAAAACAGAAAAUAAUAUGUUCAGUAGACAUUGGUAUACCGGCUUCUAUGGUAACGUGGUCUGCAGAGUUCCAAGAUGGCCGAAAGUUUGAGAAUUUUAAUUUCAACCCUACACAAGAAACAAAUUCUUCAGAAUCUUGUAUUAAUAAACACGUUUCAUCUUUUAUUACAACAUUUAACAUAAGCUGGCAUAAUUCUAGUUUAUUUUGUAAUGUUGAUCAAGGAAGUAGAAAGACGUCAUUGUGUAAACAUAUAUUUGUUGUUCCAGGUGAUUAUUGCUCUAACAAGACGGAUGGUUUGUAUGAUCAUCCUUAUGAUGACUGUUACCAAUAUGUCCAGUGUUUUAAUGGUAUCAUUUAUAUAAACAAUUGUAACAAAGCUGGAGUUUAUUGUUUCAACGAAGCAAGUCAAUCAUAUACUCAACCCAGAGCUACCACAACAAUGGAUCCAAGUCAAGCAAGUGAUCCAUACAGUUGUAAUGGAAAAAUCAACUUUUCCUAUAUUCCUGUAAGAGGUUCCUGUACAGAAUAUAUGCGGUGCGUAAAUAGUGUCCAGUUCCCAGAUGUCUGUCGUGGCACUUCAUACUUCUUUAACACUGUACCUGUUUGA